UUUACAAAGCGGGUAUUUAAUAAAGAAUAUUUAUUAUUGAAGUUAGAGAUUUAAUAGAUUCGAAAGUUCCUUUUUUUUAUUUUACGACUUGUAAGAGUUUUCUAAUUUCUAGUAUGGCAUGUAUAACUACUGACAAGGAUUUUAUGACACUAUUUUCAAUACCAUUUGAACCGAAGAAGAUUAUUUUUUCGCCAAAUAGUGAAUUUUUCCAAGACGGUAAUACUGUUUGUAAACUUAGAGAAAAAUUACUCGCAGUUGAUAUUGAUAAUGAAGAUCUACUUCACAUUUCACAUCCCGAAUUUCGAUGUGGCGAAUCAGGAUGUAGAGUUGCGUUUACAAAUGUUCAUGAAUAUGAAAUUCAUUAUCGUAGUGCUCAUUGUCUUGUUUGCAGUGAAUGCAAAAAAACAUUUCCGAAUUACAACUUGCUAGAUAUUCAUAUUCAAGAAAAGCACGAUUCUUAUUUCAGUGCAGCAAAGGAAAAGAAUCGUGCUCAGUGUUCAUGUUUUAUUGAAGGUUGUAAUGAAGCAUUCAUCACAUCUGAAAUGCGAAAUGAACAUGUAAUUAAAGCUCAUAAUUAUCCUCCCAAUUUCAAAUAUCAGCCAUUGAAAACGGCUACCAGUGAUCACGAAAAAAUGGAUUUAUCACAAGAAGAUACUUUUAAAUCUACGAAUUCACUUCCGAGUGGAACUUCGAAAUCUUCAGUCCCUCGUAGAAUAUGUUUCGGACGUGGUUUACAGCCGACAUUUAUGAGGCAAAGUAAAAAACAUGCAUCAUCUCGCGAUAUUACAAUGAAAGAAUUAUCAGAUGCCUUGUAAUAAUUUCCAUGACGUGUGAAAAUUUAUAUUCUCUUAGGAAGCACUUCCGACUGAUCAUAAUGCUUUUUACAAUUUAGAGAAUUUUAUAUGCUAACAAGUGAUAUGAAAGAAGUUGAGGAUUGUUACUAAUAUCUAAAAAUUGGUACCAAAAGUUUAAUCCCUAAUUGUUGCAUUUUAUUAUAAAAUGCAGCACGCAUAUUUUUUUUGUUAUUCUCAUAUAUAUAAAAGAGUAUCUUGGAUUGUGGAAUUGGAAAUAAUAAGGUUCAUUAUUAUCAUUUAUUUAUUUUAAGCUGAAUUUCUUGGUAACUAGUGAUAAUAAAUCAGCUUUCAAAACA